AUGAGGGCACCACUGCAGACCAUGCUGUGUCUGGGGGUGUGGGCAGCUGCCCUGCUCUGCUUGUUCUCCCCUGGCACUGUGCGAGGUGACUGCUGGCUUAUUGAGGGGGACAAAGGUUAUGUGUGGCUGGCAAUCUGCAGCCAGAACCAGCCCCCAUAUGAGACCAUCCCCCAGCAUAUCAACAGCACGGUGCAUGACUUGCGUCUGAAUGAGAAUAAGCUCAAAGUGGUGCUGUACUCCUCUCUCAACCGCUUCGGCAACCUGACUGAUUUGAACCUGACCAAGAAUGAGAUCUCCUACAUCGAGGAUGGGGCUUUCAUGGGCCAGUCAAAUCUUCAGGUCUUACAGCUGGGCUACAACAAGCUUACCAACCUGACAGAGGGCAUGUUGCGGGGCAUGGCCCGUCUCCAGUUCCUCUUUGUGCAGCACAACCUGAUUGAGCUGGUCACCCCUACUGCCUUCUCUGAGUGUCCCAGCUUGAUUAGCAUUGACCUGUCAUCUAACCGUCUCAGUCGUCUGGAGGGGAACACUUUCACCAGCUUGAGCAAUCUGAUGGUGUGUGAGCUGGCUGGCAACCCCUUCAAUUGUGACUGUAGCCUCUACAGCUUUCUUAACUGGCUGGCUCUCUUCAACAAUGUCACCAAGAACUAUGACCGCCUCCAGUGCGAGACUCCACGGGAGUUUGCUGGGUAUCCACUCCUGGUACCUCGGCCUCACCACAACCGCAAUGCCAUCACCAUCUUCCAGUCCAUGUGCAGAGGUGGCACCAUCCCCUCCCUCUCCAGGGUCAACCCCACCCCUUAUACCCCUGACUCACAGCGAGACCUGGAUGAGGGCUCAGCCAUCAGCCCUGGGGACUUCCUCUCAGUCAAGCCUCCAGCCUCCUCCACCACUGACUCCUCCUUCAGUCCCAGCAUCAAGCUACAUGAUGUUACCAUCACUUCAGCCAUCCUGAUGGUAACCAUCCCCAUGCCCUACAGUAAGAUGUAUGUGCUGGUCCAAUACAACAACAGCUAUGUUUCUGAUAUAGCAACACUGAAGAGCAAGAAGGAAUAUGUCACUGUCAACAAGUUGAAGGCCCACACUGAUUAUACUUUCUGUGUAGCCUCUAUCCGCAACAACAGGCGUUACAACCACACUUGCCUGACCUUUGCAACCCGAAGCAAAGGCAGGGAGGACCCUAUUUCCAGUACUUCCACCACUACCCACUAUAUCAUGACCACCCUGGGUUGCCUCUUUGGGAUGGUCAUUGUCCUGGGGGUGGUGUAUUACUGCUUGCGGAAGCGGAGGAUGCAGGAGGAGAAACAGAAGUCCCUCAAUGUCAAGAAGACCAUUCUGGAAAUGCGUUAUGGAUCAGACAUUGAUACCAGCACCAUGGUCCAUCCUUCCCAGAAGCUGGGUGAGCCACCUGUCAUCCCUGUCUCACGGAUGUCCUCCAUCCCUUCCAUGAUUGGGGAGAAGUUGCCCCCAUCAAAAUCAAUUGAAGCUGGAAUGGAGACUCCUAAAGUCACCACUAAAGGUAACUACAUUGAGGUACGGACUGGUGGUGGGGAUGGUCUGGAGAGAGCCCAGCGGGAUGAGGACUUGAGGGAGCUUGACAAUGGACAAGGCUCAGCUGCUGAGAUCUCUACUAUAGCCAAGGAGGUAGACAAGGUCAACCAGAUCAUCAACAACUGCAUUGAUGCCCUCAAGCUGGACACAGCAUCCUUCCUGGGUGGUGGGACUGGUGUUGACUCAGACAUGGCCUUUGAGUGCCAGUCCAUCCCAGCUGGUUCCACAAGUGGGCUAGAGCGGCCCAGCUUUCUUUCCCCACCCUACAAGGAAAGUUCCCACCACCCUUUGCAGCGCCAGCUCAGUGCUGAUGCUGCUGUGGCCAGAAAGACCUGCAGUGUCUCCUCUAGUGGCUCCAUCAAGAGCGCCAAGGUCUUCAGCUUGGAUGUGCCUGACCACCCACCACUCAGCAAGUCUGACUCUAAAUACAUUGAGAAGGGCAGUCCACUUAACAGCCCUUUGGAUCGUCUUCCCUUGGUGUCUCCAAGUGCCAUCCACCACUUGGAGGUCAAGCCUUCUUACCAUUGCAGUGAGCACCGUCACUCCUUCCCGGCCCUGUACUAUGAGGAAAGUGCUGACACCUUGAGCCAGCGGGUGUCAUUCCUCAAGCCACUCUCCCGGUCCAAGCGAGACUCCACGUACUCCCAGCUCUCCCCCAGACACUACUUCUCGGGCUACUCCUCCAGCCCUGAGUAUUCAUCAGAGAGCACCCACAAGAUCUGGGAGCGAUUUCGGCCUUACAAGAAGCAUCACAGGGAGGAGGUUUACAUGGCAGCUGGACAUGCCCUGCGGAAGAAAGUUCAAUUUGCCAAGGACGAGGAUCUGCAUGACAUCCUGGAUUACUGGAAAGGAGUCUCUGCUCAGCAGAAGCUGUGA